AUGGAUGAUGGCAACAUGGACAGACUGCCAACAGCACCAGGUGCUGAGCCGGCUGUCCCCAUGGAUGUCGAUCAGGAUGGCCAGACCAUAGUUCUGGCCAUGGGUAACAACUCUGAUGGGCAGCUUGGGUGUGGCUUGGUGGAAGAUGACGACGACAAGGUGUUUGAGCACACUGAAAUUCGUGCUUUCGAGGGUGUUGCCAUCAGAAGUUGUGCAAUGUCUUUGAAGCACACAAUCUGGUUGACCGGCGACGGAAUGGUGUACACAGCAGGCGACAAUGAUUCCGGGCAAUUGGGCCGCACCGGAAAGCGCACGAAGCCUUUCAAGAUUGAGUCUAUUGAGCAUAUGCAGGUGGAAAGCGUUGCAGCUGGCAACGGUUUCACAGUGUUGACAGACAAGGUUGAUGGUCGCUUGAUGGGGGUAGGUCGAGGAGAUCGAGGGCAAUUGGGUAUGGGUGGAGCUGAUCGAGAUGACAAGGAACGCAUCAAGUUUUCAUCUGCUUUGGGGGAGCAGCUAUUGCAAAUUUCUGCUGGAGAGUCGCACUGCCUGGCUUUGUGCCGCUCUGGAAGGGUUCUCGGAUUUGGAGAGAACAAGCACGGUCAGCUGGGCGUGGGGGAUUUUGUGAGCUCGGCUACCCCCAAGCCUGUCCCCUCCUUGCACAGCCGGCCAGUGGUGCGGGUGUGCUGCGGCGCUUCUCACUCCUUGGCUCGCACGGCCACGGGUCUCUUAUGGGCGUGGGGCUGCAAUGAGCAUGGGCAGCUGGGCCUGGGUGAUUUGAAGCCCCGGUUCCGGCCGGAGCAGGUCAAGGCCAUGCGCGUGUCUCGCUGCGUGGACGUUGCGGCGGGGAGUCGCCACACCUUGGCCAUCACGGAGAAGGGCUUUCUGUUCGCCUUCGGUGCGGGAGGCAGUGGCCAGCUGGGCUCAGGGGGCAUCGCGGAGGCAGAGCCCUACCCAAAGGUGGUGGAGACUUUGAAGGAGCUGGGCAAGUGUUUGCAGGUGGCGUGCGGGCACAGCCACAGCCUGGCCCUGGUCCAAAAUGAAGAUUCACUCAGAGAAAACAUUUUCGCCUGGGGGCUGGGCUCCAGCGGGCAACUGGGCAUUCCAAGAGAUCAGCUGCAAGACAAGAAGCUCUCGCCUUUACCUCAGAAAGUGAAGUUAGACCCGAACCUGCGGGUCAUCAGCUUGUGCAGUGGACCGCUGGCCCACCACACCUACCUGCUGGUGGCUCGUGGCGGCACCGGCGGAUAUCCCCGCGAGAACGCGAGCCUGAGCCCUCGCCUGUCUCUGCGGCACUCGUUGUGCACCGCCAUCGAUGCUGAUGACCUGCUGCAGCUCCUGAGAGGUCUCAGACCAGGCGAGACACAUCAGCAGAUUGCUCUGGUGAAAGCAAUCGGUGCGGCCUUCAGUUCGGUCAGUGUCCUCAACGCGUCCUUCCGACGUGCAUCGCCGCUGGGCACGACAGCAGAGUCUAGUGGUGUGGACCUCCUCAAGGUGAGAAAGGCAUACAUCACGCUGGUCUUUGAGCUCAACAAUGCUGAGCUGAUCAACACGUUGGGACGCGCAACGGUGUCCAUUUGCGACGAGCUCUCGAAGCAGCGAGUACCCACGGAUGACCCGGAGACUCUUUGCGUCUUCCUGGUGCUUUUCGAGAAUCCUCUGCUGCUGGCGGAGCAUCGCACCUCCCUUUUCGCAGGCUUCCAUGUGGCUCUACAGCGUCUCACCGCCGCGGUCCUCUCCCUGCCCAAGGACUCCCAAAAGCUCCUCUUCGGGUGGCUGAAGCACCUGCCCAGCGAGUACUUCGGCCGUGUGGUGGAUGUCAUGCAGCAGUACGUCACGUAUGUGCUGACGCAACCGGGGCAGAAUCAAAGCGACGUGUCCGCCGCGGUCAUGAUGCUGCAAACACUUUGGGAUGCCAAUGCCGAAAUGGGCGGAAUUCUGCCGGAGUGGUGCUUCCAAAGCAUGGCAAUCUCCCAGAGCUUCGAUCUGCAAGAGCAUUACCGUCAGUGGCAGCAGCAACAGUCCUUGGUAUUCUCAUAUUGCAGAUACCCCUUCCUCUUGAAUGCUGGUGCGAAGCGCAGACUGCUAUCCUUUGACGUGGAGCUGCGCAGCCAGAUGGCAUCCCAAGAGUGCUGUGCCAAGAUUAUGAGAGAGGGUCAGCCCGUUGAACAAGCCUUCCACCAGCUUCUGGUGUACCGGGUUCGCAGAGAGCAUAUCCUAUCUGACUUCUGCGGCCAGCUGUGGUGGCGUUCGCAAAACAAGCCGGAAUGCUUGUGCCUGCCGCUGACCGUGGACUUCAUAGGGGAGCAGGGUGUGGAUGCCGGAGGUCUGAGAAAAGAGUGUUUGCACUUGGUCCUCCACGAGCUCUACAAGACGCAGCUCUUCACCGAGCUGGACGAAUGGCCCGGCCUGCUGUGGUUUCGCCCUCGCCAGGCGGAGGUGACUGCAGUACCGCCGCCAGACCAGGUCUUGCACGAUGAGACCUGGGCGAAGCACUUGCCGGAAGUCGCUGGUGCCAUAAUGGGCUUAGCUGUGUACAAUGCGAUCUACCUGGAUUUCAGGUCCCAUCCGCUGAUUUUCAGAUUUCUCGUUCAGCAGGUGAGUCCAAGCCUGGAGGACCUGCAGAGCCUUCACCCUUCACUGUACAGAUCCCUGACAAGUCUGCGGAAGCAUGACAUCCGGAACUUGUGCUUGACCUGGUCCGUGCGUCUACCGGGAUCCGGCGAGGAUGUGGCCUUGGCCGGAAAGGCGGGAGAGGUGCAGCCUGAAGAGCUAGAGCUCUUCAUCAAAGAGUAUGCGCAGGCUGUUCUCUACGGCGGGGAUGAAAGUCAGAUCAGAGCAUUUGUUCAGUCUGCCUUGCAAUGCAUGGCAGUGGGGCCAGCGUUUUCUCUCUGCACCGCCAAUGACUUGGAGCUGCUCGUCUGCGGUCUGCCGUACUUGGGCAACUUCGAGGAGCUGGAAGUUAGCAGCCACUACGCGAAUGGCUUUCAUGCAGACCACCCAGUCGUCCGAGUCUUCUGGCGAGUGGUCCAUGGCAUGUCGGAAAUCUGGCGCCGCAAGCUGCUGCUCUUCAGCACGGGCAGCGACCGAGUGCCCAUCCUGGGGCUCAAGACCCUGAAUUUCGUAAUAUCGCGCAGUACGGCAGAACUGGACCACUUGCCCACUGCAAACACCUGCAUCAACCAGCUGAACUUGCCAGAGUAUCCCACCGAGGAGAUGAUGCACGCCCGCUUGCAAGCGGCUCUGGAGCACUACACGGGCUUCGGCUUCGCUUGA